AUUCGGUAGCUUGGCCGACCUCCGGGGCCGAGCCGAGGUCUGGCCGACCACGGAGGUCGAGCCUAGACCCGGUCGGCCUCUGCCUCGGGUCCGUUGCCCGAUCUUCGCCCCUUUUGCGCUAUUGUAAACACCCGUUUUUUUUUUCCGAGGGUGCGUGCGUGCCCCUUCCUUAUCCCUCCCCUUUUGUUUCGUAGGUUUGGGUGGUGUAUGAUCAUUAGUUUCGGUCUUGAUGUCCUAGACUCCAUCGACGAGAACGAGAUGGACAACCCCCAUUCUCCUAGUGAAGUACUCCCCACUGUUACUGAGGUCCCCAACCCCUCUCGGGGUUCCGCGGCCGACCUCCCUGCCCGGGUCACGAGACCGGCCGAGGUUGAGUAUACCGACCUCGACCCGCGUGUCGCCCGUUCCACCUUGUCGCGUCUCCAGGCUUAUCAUCUGACUAGGGAUACAGACACCGUGGGGCCGGGCGUUGAGGUGGUGGCGCUUGCUCCGGAUGACAAUGUGACCAAUCCGCCAGGGGUCAGCUUCUUUGGUAUCCACGUCCUCUCCUUGUCCUAUGGGUUCCGUUUUUCGAUUCACACCUUCGUGCUGUCUCUGCUCAACCAUUAUGAAAUUUCUCCGGGCCAACUAGUCCCGAACUCCCACUGCAUGGUUAUGGCCUUUAUUCUCAGGUGUCGGGAGGUACGUGUGGAGCCUUACCUCGAUCUCUUCAACUACCUUUUCUAGGCCGUGGGCUCCUCGGGCCGCUCGAGCAAGGGUUGGGUGUCCUUCUCGGCUCGCUCCCAUAUGAAAACCUUUCAGGAUCUCAACUCCUCAAACCACGAGUGGAAACCCAAGUUCGUGUUUAUCUCUGUCGGCCCUGAACUCCCUUUCGUGUCUGCAUGGAGCCCUCGAUUUCGGAAACAUGUCACACCUCGGAAGGGAGCUACCUUGUUGGAGGACGUGCGCGUUUUCCGGCGUGGUGUCCUGCCCAUAUACAUAGCGCCGAUGGUGAGCGAUGAGAGCUUAGCAGGUUUGGGGUUCACACGAGGCACCCCGCUUCUUCCUAGCCUGCCGGGGCCUCCAGAGGGCGGGCCCGAGCCCCUUCUUCUGGAUACGCCCACCUCGAGUGAGAGUUCGGGCGACAGGGCGUUUGAGUUCUUGCCGCGGGGUCGAGCCGGGUCCCCCGGCUUAAAUGAUGCCGAGCCGUCCCGUACGCCCGAGCUCAUACUCGAUGAUGAACUUGAGCUCACCAUUGCCAUGCCCAGAUGUUGGUUUUUGACACCUGUUUCUUGUUUGCUUGCACCGUCCACGACACUCCUCUUCGUUUUGACCUUGAUCUCGCUUGUUGUUGUCAGGUAAUCCCCUCCUUAUGGCAGAUCGCGUGGAAAGAUACCGUAUAGCCAAACGACAGAAGAUUGCUAGGGGAGGUGGGGCGGGUACCUCCCGGGUCAUUACCACCGGUGCACGUACCCGCGCUACUACUGUCGCUGCUCCCUCUAGGGUCCCGACCCUGCCUGCUCCGCCACAGGGCGCGCUUACUGCUCCGCCUCGCCCGAACUUGGCUCCUGUGCGUGGGUCCCCCGUCCAGCCUCGGGAGUUUCUUCGCGGUUUGGUCGCUUCUCAUGGACCUGCAUCUUCUGAUUUGGCUGGCUUCUAUGCACGUCUUCUUGAGAUGGUUCUUCACUGUACCUCUCUCCUUGGGACCCACGAGGCCCUCCAGGGACAGGUUGCUGAUCUUACUCGUUCGCUGGAGCGAGAGGAGGACGGUCGUCUGCGUGACAAUGAGGACCUGAGGCGGGAGAUCGAGGUAUUGAGAGAGGAGCUCGGCCGUGCCGUCCCCGAUUACCGGAGGUCUCCCCAGUUCGCGGAGGAUGCUAUGGCUUAUGCUCGUGCUCACCGGCAGGAGCUCAUUGAUGAGUGGCAAGCGUCCGAGGAGGGGAGGAGCCGCCUGAAGGAGGAGGGAAUGGCAGCCUAUGACGUGGGGCUAUACACGAUACAGCAGGACCUUUAUGCUAUCCUGGAGCAGCAGGACCCGGCUUUUGACCCUGAGGAGAGAGGAUUGCUUCAUCGCCUCCCCCGACCAGGUGGCCCAGCUGAUGCCGCCGCUCCUGUUGGCGUUGUCGAUCUGAGGACCUUGGACGAGCUCUUCUCGGGUGGGGAUCAGGAGAUGAGUGCCGGGCAGGUCUCCCCUACCCCUCUACAGAGCAUGGGUUCCUUUGGCGAGGACUUCGCUGCCUUUCAGGCUUCCAGCUCAGUGCCCGACCUGAACGGGUAGAUUUAGGUCAUCUCGUAUGUCAUCCUCCUUAUGUUUUAGGAUUCGUGCACUAGACUUGGUGUUUUGUUCCUUUUUGUUAGACUUGGAUGUUAUGUUCCUUUUUUGCUAGACUCAGAUGUUAUGUUCUUUUUUUGCUAGACUCGGAUGUUAUGUUCCUUUUUUUGCUAGACUCGGAUGCUAUGUUCCCUUUUUUGCUA